AUGUCGGCUACAGAAUCUCUCACGGUAGUUGAAUACGCACUUCCGCCAUUCGAAGAGUAUACGAAAACUUAUUCUUGUCAGUGUAAAAGCUGUCUAUUGUGCGAAAAAACUCAAUUCUGGAUGCCUCGACUAUUUUUUGCCGGAUUUAUCUUCCCGGUCUGUUGGAUUUUGGUAGUUGCAAUUUUUGCGUAUACCUGCUUCGCAGUACCGCAUGACUUCGAACUGCCACCAAUAACGGAUGACGAGCAGCCUACGUUGUUUGAACUGGAGAUGCAUCGUAAAUGUAUCUGCAAAGCCAAAGAGGUUUCGCCGGAUAAAAGAAUAUUACCAAACGAAAAUAACAAAAAUGAUUCUAGCCCACCACCCAAUCGAUUGGACACUCCUCUAUCGCGCUCAAGACCCAACACUGCCCGUUUGAGCCAAAUUUUGGCCAGCGCCAGGAGUGACUACAUUCACUCCGUCGCUAGUGAUGUUAUACAAUGGCAUACCAAACUUUACAAGUUUCGCCUCAAUUGGGCUCUUAGGGCUGGUUUAUCCUCGGUGUGCUACAUAACGGUAAUCCUGUUUUUGGUUUUGACGUUUCGCUCUAGUAGAAAAAUGCCCAGAAAACCAUGA